CGCUUCGGCUCAACUCGUCGUGAAGGGUCAACCACACCGAGGAUCCAAAAACUAAUUGCCUAUUUGUCUUUAAUCUUUGAGGGAAAGAAACGAGCGUUUUGGAUCUCCCUUUGCUGCUCUUUGUAGCGCGUUUCAAUGGGUCGACAGGAUUGAAAAGCCUGACUGUCGUUGGCAGGCGGCUAUAGCAGAGGCUGACUUGUUUUUUUGGCCCUCCCAAAAUGGAGACGGAGCGGCCAGACUUGUCCCAACUGAUUCCACCCCUGCCCACAAACACGCAAGGGGUUCACCGACUCUUGUCAGCGUAUAGAUCUGGGACAUCUGAGAUAAAAAACAUGCUGAGCCAGGAAUGCAACAUCAUCCUGGAAUGCAAAAUCUGCCAGAACAUGUUCCGCAGCUUGCCAAACUUUAUUUCUCACAAGCGAGCUUAUUGUCUCCGUCCAGCUCCCCCUCUUUCAAGCAUUCUCCACGAUAACAAACUCCCUGAAUACUACUCCACCAUCAAAGCUAUAGAGGGCGAGCUAGGGCGUAGAGACAUAGAUCGAAUUGCUACCCGCCUUGCCAAAACAGCAACCGUUGCUGGGGCGGAAGGCGUUCGGGGAGAGAAUCCCGAGGCUUCUCAAAAUGUUGCUUACUACACUGCCAUUGCCGACACAAUUAAAAGCAGGAGGGCAGCUAGAGUGGAGCACACUACUAUGCUAUCACCCCUCCCUGGUACAAGCAAGGCUGUGUCACAAACUGUCCGGAUGGAGGUUGCUGAUGAUCUUGAAACAGUUACUGAAUAUGAACCACCCAGCAAGAAGACUAAAGCAAAGAAAGGUGACGAGAAACCUGUGAAUGCUGUUUCCACACCCAAGACAAAUGACUCGGGAAAAACUCCGAGUAUUUCUCAUAGCAAAGGUGACAAGAAGAAAGACGUGCCUUACACAGUUCUUCAGUACCCGUGCCCCUUGUGCAAAAAGUUUUUCAGCAAACCAAAUGGAGCCUAUAGACACAUAAGAGAUAUUCACAAGAAGAACAAUGAACAGUUGGAAAGGAUGAAAAACACCAUAAGGAAAAAGGCAUUUUUGGUGACUCUGAACAAAAAGCCUCCAAGGCCACAAUCUCCACCGGCUAACAACAACAACAACAAUCCUCCUCCGAAGCCUGUGCACAAGCCACCCCCAAUGGUGCAAGCGUCGACUCAGCUGAGCAAAGCGCAACAAGAAGAGCUGAAGGAGUGGAAUGACCACACUUUUACAAUUGAUGUUGGGGACCAUCGCUGUGGGUACUGUGGUACCAAGUACGAGCGCCGAGCUGCUUUGUUGGCACACGCUAAGCAGUGUAGCAAAAAGACAAAGGAGGCAGCCAAGAAACCUGCCAUACAGGCUCUGCUCAAGAACAAAGGUGCUGCGAACCGAAAGAUAAGCGCCCCCAUGAAGAUAGUGAGAAAGUAUUUGAAUGAGGACCGUGGAAAAAUGGCCAACGGUGCCAAAAGUCCACUAAAAGGUAAUCUGAGAAGGAGCGCCAGGCACUCGGGCCCAGAGGACAAGAAGAGUCUCAAGUCUGACAUCAGAAGGAGCAAAACAAACAUGUUCCCCACUAUACCUCUGUUUCGAGUCAAAGUUCCAUCAUCUGCAGAAUUGGUUGUGAUAAAUAGCAAGGCAACGCACUCGCCGCCAAAACUUCCUCCACCUGUUGCCCCUCUGCAAACACCAGAGGUCAUUGAAAAGCUUUUGAAGACCCACAAGUCAAACGCUUCAAACAUCUUAGUGCGGCAGGUGUCUGACAAACCAGUUCUCUCUCCUUCAAAACCAAGCACGCCUAUCAAGGAACCACCGGCGAUUGCAUCCAUUACUCCAAUCCUCACUGUGAAACCCAAAGACGGCUAUCCAGUCAACUACUUCUCACCCGGCUCGGCAGAAACAAAGUUGAUUGGAGGUGGAAAUUCUGUUCAAAGCAGUAUACAAAUUCGAAAGGAUUAUACAAAGAGUACUUUGUCGGGUGAUGACUCCGUGGACGGUUCUUCCUCUGUCUCUGUUUGCUCGGACAAAGUGGACGAAUGUGCAGAAAAACCUCCUAUGGCCUCAGCCUUGGUAUCUCUGAACAAGAGUAAACCUCCUGUCUUGAAUGCCAACAAACCUUGUUCCCUCGAUGAUGAUGUUAGAGAUGUGAAAGUGAAGGAGAUGUCGGAAGUCGUCGAGACCUUACAUAAGGAGACCAAUGUUGACAAGAAUAGCUCGUCAGACCAAGAAGAGCAGAAGAAAGCCAUGCCUGGCAAAAAAGUGAUUCCAGAAGCCAAGGAAGGAAGUGACUCAGACGCCUCCGCAGAUCCCUCCGCGAAAGCGGACACCAAGCUCGCCGACACACCUCACCUGGAGGAAGAAGCAAAAACAAAUUCCAACAAACUAGACAAGCCAGAUAAUUUGGUUCAAAAAGAGAAGAAAUCUUCUGCUUUGGCGCCUCCUCCGCCCAGCUUAAAAAUGAAGAUCAUUAAGCUCAGGGCACCUUCCAAUGUGAGCUCAUCGGUUUUAGGCCAUAUCCCUGUAAGAUUGGCAGAAAUGCCAGAGAAAGUAGUUGCAAACAAGAGUAAGUCUUUUUCUUCUGCCGAGUCACUCGUGAGAAUGAUGUUCCAGAGGAAAGACUUAUCAAGUAAGAAGGACAGCCCGACUGCAGAUGUGGCAGUUUUAACAGGAAAAGAUUUGUGGGCUGUAUCUUCUGCUGCUUCGUCGGAUAAUGUUCCUGCGAUCUCCACAUCUGUGCCUGAAAAGAGAUGUUCGUCUAUUAAAACCAUGAAGGUUGCUCAUGUGGUCAAGACAGAGCCAGCAGAUACUGCCAAAAGCAACUCUAUCCCUGAAAGCGAAAAAGCUUCAACCUCAUCAGAAGUUAGCUUGAAGAGACAAUUUCCUAAUCUCAACGUACCUGCUGAAUAUUUGACAAAUGAAGAAUUCUUGGGCUGGGAUUCAAGCAAACCACUGAGGCCUCUCUCUUGGAUGGACGAACCGUCCUUAAUUCUUGCCACAAAGUUCUUCAGGGUGAAGUUGAAGGCAACCAAGAAUAGAAAUCCUACAACUAGAUAGUGUUCUCAGUUAUGGGUUUGAUGUUUGAUCUAUUGGAAUUGGAGUGUUUGGGCCUUUGUUAUUUUGCCAACAUAGGUUAAGAAGAUGCUGGGAUGAUGUUUACUCUGUGAGGACAUUUAAAUUUGCAGUUUGACUGCCUAGUAGUUAUAGUAUGUUAGCUCAAGAUUUACGAUAUUUCAAAAUUUUUUUGGUGGAAAAGUGUCAGGCUGAUCUUUUACAAUCAAAUUUUUAUAGAAUUCAAUGUAAAUGCACUGCUGAUUGAUUUUUGAAUUUUAUCUGCUCCAAACUGCCUCCGUGAAAUUUAAAAUUUUGCAGAUGGUUUUUGACAUCAUUUAUACCUUACAUGCAGUUUUGGUAAAACAUUAUAACUAAUUGCCAUAAGAGGUUCCUGCUGCUACUCAAAAAUUGUAAAGAAUUUCUGCCAGCAAAUUUUAGAAUUUUCACUGCUGUUGAGCACUAUCGAGCGAAUAUGCAUUUUUAAAUAAACUGAAAUCGUUACAAAAGAGGA